AACUACAUUUGAAAGCGUCUGUGAUCUCUAUAACGUUCCACACGAUUUGUAUUUUCAUUGAUGGUGGAAAUAAAUUUUCUUUCGAUUUAGCUCGGAGGUUAGCCAAAGCCAAGCAGCCAACAACAAAGAAAGCAUGUUGUUUGUCCAGCGCCAUUGUGGCGUCUCUUGCUUGGCGUCGGAGUGCAGCGUCAAUAUUUAUGCCCCGCAACAAGUGCAUCCAGUGCAUUUCGCUACCAUUCUAGUGCAUCUGACUCCUGGAAGAUAAUUCUACAGUUGUCGAGUCAUACAUUGACUUUGACCAACCAUAAACAAGCGGAAUCAUCCAAGGCGGUGUUCUGUGUCAAGUGCCGACGCGAGUUGUUUACCUUUAAACCCAGUGCAACAAGUGUGAUAUUCAGCAUUGUUGACGGUGAUGCUUCAAAUGUGCUUCCGUGGUUUAUUAGUCAUGGAAAGCGAACUGCGAUUUCGGAAACGAGUGGGCCCUUGAGUGUCAUGACUGACGGCGAUUGGUUAUAUUGUGCCAUGAAGUAUGGAAGAUAAGUCCCUGUCCCCAACUCCGGCCAUGCCGGCAUCAGGGCCUCCAGGGCCUCCAGGACGGAGCAGGUCAAGGCGGCGUCUCAACGUGAGCUCUCCCCCUAAAGCCCAGAAGACAGUGCGCUCACCACCGAAGAAGAAGAACGUCAACUUUGCUUCUGUGACUGCCCCAUCACAAGAUGCAGAACUCUCUGCCAGCUGCAGCUUUGGUAGUUCCCAUAGUAGUGGUUCAACCCUCGAUAGAAGACUGACAAGAAGUGCAUCCAAAAGGUGGCUUAAGGUUUACGAGUCCAGUGGGCCUAUGCUCCAAAAUGAGGCUCCUGUUGCAAGUACAAGUAUGCUUCCACCCCCGCAACCUACAGUUCCUCUAGUUCGUGCAACCACCUGUGGUGUCACAACCCGUUUGAGGGACAGUACUGCUAGAAAUGGCAAUACAGAUGUCAAUAGAAUAUCUCAGAACUUUUUCAAGAGACUUUCAUUUGACCAAAUCAGUAAUACGAGUGAUUAUGGUACUGCUUCAGAACAUUCUCGCAAGUGCUCUGUUGCUUCUGGGGGCAUGUCACCUGUCAGUGACUCUGGCCACAGUUGUGCCUCUAUCAGUGGCAUUGAAAGCCUGGGAACAUCGAGCUGUGACGAAGCACCUCCACCCCAGGUUGGUGCCAUGGAGUGGGCACACCAGCCCUGGGUAGGAGAAAGCGUGGACUUGCGGAGGCCCCAUGUUACAGUUCACACUGUUGAAGGGGUGACUGCCUUCAUACCUGACUUAAACCAGUCACAGUACACUGGGGACUUCAGUGUCACCAUCAAGGCUGAUGUUGGUGGAGUCAAAAUGUAUAGACCUCCAAUUUGCUCCAGUCUGAGAGUACACCAUAUUAGCCCUAUUGUAUCAAUGGGACCUCAUGGUGUUCAGUUCCAUGAAAAUUUGCCUGUAAUGUUAGUACUGCCAUUGAGCAUCGAGCCAUCUGAUGAAGAGUGGAUAUCUUGCCUCUAUAGCAACACUGAAGCAGGUUGCCAGCCAUCUUGGGAGAGACUGCCACGCAAAGAUUAUUCUUACAGAAAUGGCUCUGUUGUCAUCACCACAAACCAUUUUAGUCUCUUCACUGUUGUGUUGGAAGAACCAUAUCCUGAAGUUAUGAAAAGAAUAAGAAGGCGGACAGGCGGGCGUCUGUUGCUUAAUGAAGUACCUGGAGUUGAGGUUGUAUUCCCCCAUGGAUCUCUUGAUCAAGAUUUGGAUGCCUACUUACGAGUUCUUUACAAUCAAGAACCAAUGCUGAAUAGUGGUGAAGAAGCGGCUCACAUCCAUGGAGCCCUGGCAUCACCUGUCAUCAUGUUGGGACCUCAUGGACAUGCCUUCAGCACCAGAAGGGAACCUGUCCGCAUUAAAUUACCGAUUCCCCACUAUCAUGAAAUUCGUGCUCGGUUUGGAAAUGUUGGGCUCACUGUUUGGCAGAGCUCCACAUCAGAGGGGGAACCAACUUGUUGGCAACGCUUGGAGUCUUCACUUUUACAAAUUGAACCACCUGUGGCAGGCCUAAAUGUUGUUGUGGUUUCGUUUGCUGUUCAUCACUUUUCAUUCUUCAAAGUUGUGUGGGACCUUCUCUCCACAUCGCUAACAGAAGCCAAAAUGGGAAUGUCUUAUUUCUAUCCGUAUAUAUCUUUUUCCAUGAUGUGUCAAGCGUUUAUGGAAGAAAGUAAUGAAGCUCGAUUUGGUCUUGAAGUGAUUUGCUAUCGUUCUGAUAAAACACUCCCUGAACAGACGAACUACAGGCAUCGGGUUGGAGCCAGUACCAAGCCAAAACUUGUGAGACCAGGACGUAUACUUGUCAGAUUAAAAUCCCAAAUGUUUGAAGCUGAUAUUGACGCUGGUGAAGAUUCUGCUAUGUCCAAGGAGGAGCCUGAUUUCAGAGGGCGCGAUUUUGAGAAGCAGUAUGCCUGCAGGUUCAAGCAGAAUGUAAAUAUUGAAAGUGGGACGUUUGGAAAAGUUAUUGUGGAAAGAGUAUCAACAACUGGUACCAAGAAUGAUCCUCUCUUCGAAUUCAAUUUAAAUAAGUCUGAUGCUGGUCAUGAAGUAUUGCAACCAAUGGGUAGUGAGCGUUGGACCGCUUUUGCCAUGAAAGAGUUGGCAUCCACGCUGCAAAUUACAGAAGGCCACAACUGGAAAAAAUUUGCUCAACAUAUUGGAUUUACGAAGAGUGAAAUUAAGACUAAGUUUCAGUAUUCUCCGGAUCCUUUCCUUGCCAUAAUGAACAUGUAUGGGUCACGUGGAGGUACACCUGAAGAGUUUAUGCAAGCACUAUAUGCAGUCUCUCGAGACCUAAACCUCAAUGCUGGCAUGUCUGGUGGUUCUCUCAGUGACAUGAAUAGUUCUAGUCAAUCCAGCACUGGAUCAAAGGGGUCUGGUAGCCGCGAUUCUGGUUCAAGGCACUCAAGAGGUAGUGGUAACCGAUUUGGUGGACUUUGGGGAUACCGCCCUUGGGGUCAAGUCAAUAAUGACUCUGAUUCAGAUUCUAUGCCGGCUGAUGCUAAGGAAGGCGCAAGAAAACGGUCUCAUCCAAGUUUAGAAAAGAAGAAUAGUGGUGCAAGCAGUUCUGCUAAAAGGCGAAAGUUCUCUGAUGUAUCAGAAACUGUAUCUUCAGGAAGUGAGGGGGAUGAGGACAACAGUGACCAAGAGGCUGAAAAAUCUAACAACAGACACAUAAAAAACAAACGACGUCUCAGUGAUAAAGACAUGUGGAGGAUAUCAACAGGAAUAGCUCGAAAAGAUUGGAGAUUCUUAGGAAGAACAUUGGGUAUUGAAGAAAGGGUGUUGGUGGAUUUGGAGCAUCAGUACCAACCAGUGGGAUUCCGAGAAUGUGCCUACCAAAUGUUGUUGGAGUGGAAAGGGUGCAAACCUCGCAAAUGUACUUUUGGAAAUCUUUACAGUGCCCUUAUUAGAGAAAACAUGGUCGAAAUUGCCAAACACAUGGUGAAAAUUCUGCCUAAUGGAGAAGAAGAUGCACGUGAAAGGGACUUCAAUGAUCAAUGACUUGAUUCAUCUCAUAUUUUCAUUUUGUCAAACACUUUGACCUCAUCUAAGAAAACCAUCCUGACUCUUCAGGGCGCCAGGAGACCAUCAACUCGCCGGGGCACUGAGCGCCCCUGCGAGUUCGGAUGGUUUCCAAGCGCCCAGAAAGGAUAGCAUGUUUUUUUUAGGAGUUUGGUAUUGCUUGCUUCUGGCUGCAGAGUGAGAUUUGUCCUGUAAUUUUAAUUUUUUCUGUGCAGUUUUGUAAUAUAUUUGAGCAAGUGUCCUUGAAAUUUUAUUAUCAAUGUUAUGUUACUAUUUAUUUCUGCAAUUGAAACAAAUUUGUACAUUGAACUUGUGUACAAAACUCUUUACUGUAAGUUUUAUUUGUGUGACUUUGAAUACUGUAAAAUAAUAUUGUCUUAAAAUGUACAUGAAAUUCUGCCACAAUUGUUAUCUAUGUAUAGGUGUCAAUUUUAUAGUAUCUAUUUUUAUAAAAAGUAUAUUUAUCCAUAUCAGCAUCUUUACAGAAGACUUGGCUGUCUUCACGCACGCGAUCGGGAGUGACUGGGGCUCUCUUAAUACUUAAUGCUUUGAUCCAAAAAGGGUUUCUUUUGCUCCUUUUUGUCCAAGAUGUUGGUUGGUUGUAGCUCCGCGCUUAGCUUUGUCUCUUCAGUCUAUGUGGAGUUUGCCAAGUCUCCUGUAGAGGUUUCGAUUUAUGCUUCUCAAUAUUUAUUUUGAACAGAAUGCUACAAAUCUCACUCAGUUUUUAUGGGGGUAAUGGUUCUAAAUGUGUAUCAAAUGCAAUGUUUGCACUCACAUAUUUUUCUUGACUUACAUAUGCCUUGAGGUUUUUAAAAAUAGAUGACCUGUAAUUUCCAGUAUUUUGCAUGGAGUCAAUGAAGGAACUUCUUCCAAGAACUCUGCAAACGCUAGUGUGUGCUAAGUGCCAUGCACACACUUGCGUUUGCAGAGAAAGUGACAAACUUGGAUGGUAUUGUACUUUCAAUUUUGUCCAAUUUUUUUCUUGAACACUAGGUUAGGCUUUUGUUGAUCUCCAAACUAGAUUAUACCCAUGGUGUAAUGUCUUGUGGUCUUGUUGUUGAUUUUUAUCUUAUCAAUGCAAAAUUAUCAAUUAUGCAAUUGAGAUGUUAUUAGUUUUUUAUGAUGUUAUAAUGUAUAACUACAUGAAAUAAAAAUUUUCAUCAAGUUUUA